AUGGGCGAAUACAGGUUUGUUCCCGUCAAUCAGUUGGGCUCCGCAGUCGGUUCUGCGGAUGCGGCUGCCAAGGGCCACGCGAUCCGUUCCGGAAUACGACGAGGCUGGACAACAGCGGAACUUGCGGAUAGUCGGUCUCGGGAAAUAAUAACGCAGGGAAAGGAAUUACAAGGGCGCUUCCGGCUUCCGACGAAAAGCAAACGAGUAUCCUCAAAAAGAAGUCAUCUUCUAAAAGAGGUUAAGGUAGUCGGACAGGACCGAAAGUCUUUACGAGCAGGUAGAAGGAUCCGGAGCCCAUUAAUAAACCUGAUCGGAAAUUCUCUCGAUCCCUUUCGAAGCUUUCCUAUCUCUCAAAACAAACAAGUUGAUAAACUCUUCUACCAUUUUUUGACAGAAUUCAAAUUGAAUGAGUCAAAUCCCAGCACGAAGUCAACAUGGUUCCACUAUGCAAUGCAAAAUGUUACAGUUAUGCACAGCACAAUAGCCUUGUCUGCCGCACUUCUGAUGGCUACAACCCCACGGGUCGGUCACUGCGAUCCAGCAUUGCAACAAGAAGGGCUGUACCAGAAAGGUCAAGCAAUGCGACAAAUAAGAGAGUGGUGCUUGCAAUCAAAUGUAUCCUACUAUGAUUCGAAUCGUGCUUCCAUAAUGAUAUCCAUAUCCACUAUGUCAACCGUCGAGAUUCUUUAUGGAAAUUUCGAAGCAGCGAAAGCUCAUUUGUUUGGAAUUCAUCAACUGUAUGAAGUGCUGAACUACAAACAAGAAUUUUCCGAUGAAUACGUUCUACGCAAGUCAGCUGGUUUUGCGGAUCUGUUUCUAGCAUCUGCCCUUGGAAGUCUUCCCAAGUUUCCUUUAUUCCACUCAUACGAUAUCUCCCUUCCUAAAGAAAUACACAAUGAGGCAAUACGGCCACAGCCGCAUCCCAUCGUCGCCACGCAGUGUGGUAGAUCUGUAGCCCAGGCAUUCAACUACCUCAGGCUUGCGAUAUGUGCUAUUCGGUCUGGGUCAAUACCAUCGGAAACUAUACGUAUGUUGAUCAAUGCCGCGGAUGUGAAACUUCUGGAAAUAUUCUACGGCGAAGUCGCAGAUCCACCCCCGGCCGUGCCCUCCAGCAUUGUUAAUCUGGUUUCGCGUGCUGCCCAUCUAUUUCUUUACAUUUCUAUCAGGCAUUUUCCUAUCAGGGCCAGUAUAGUUCGCACGAUGAGCGACAGAUUAUGCGAUGCUAUGGAAGUGGCUAUCGAGGAACCCGAGAUAUGGACAGACUGCCCCGAGGUGAUGGCAUGGGCAGCAUGUGUUGGCCUUGUUAGCACCUGGGAGGAGGCUCCGGGGAUAAGCCCUGCCCGGGGAAAUUUUCUGAGAGUACUUGAUAGACUCGGACUAAGGUACUCGAGAGAUUCGCUAUGGGUGUCUGACGAUAGUCUAUCUUCGUUUCUAUGGGACGCAGAACGCUGUAGCCCGCAUUUUCAAGGCAGCUUCAGGAAUGAUUUCACAGAGGGACAAGUGAGUACAAGGAAGGUCAUAGCAUGA